GCGUAUUCCUGUUCUUCACCAUCACUAACUCGAGCGCCUCGCCUACGACGCCCCCCUCUACACAGCCAUCCUUAUAACUUUAGUUUUUCCUUUGUAUCUGUAUCAUGUCUGGACGCGGUAAGGGUGGAAAGGGACUCGGCAAGGGUGGUAAGCGUCAUCGUAAGAUCCUUCGCGACAACAUUCAGGGUAUCACAAAGCCCGCUAUCCGUCGUCUCGCCCGUCGUGGCGGUGUCAAGCGUAUCUCAGGUCUUAUCUACGAAGAGACCCGUGGCGUCCUCAAGAUCUUCCUCGAGAAUGUCAUUCGUGACUCUGUCACAUACACCGAGCAUGCUAAGCGCAAAACCGUAACUGCCCUCGAUGUGGUAUAUGCUUUGAAGCGUUCUGGGCGCACCCUCUACGGUUUCGGUGCUUAAGCUCCUCAUUUCUCCUCUUGUACUCGACUUUUGUACUACUAUAUGUCAUAACAUGUGCUCCUU